AAAAAAAAGAGAGAGAAAAAGCUUUAAAGCGCACAGACACACGCCAUUUAUAAAUACGGAAGCAAAUAGUAUAAUUAUCAUCAUCAUCUUCAUCUCCUCGUUUUGUUAAAUCUCUGAAUCUCUCCAAACUCUCUCAACUCUCUCAACUCUCUUCUCACCAACUAUGGAUCCUUACAAGUAUCGACCGGCGAGUUCUUACAACUCACCAUUCUUCACCACCAACUCUGGUGCUCCUGUAUGGAACAACAACUCCUCCAUGACCGUCGGACCCAGAGGUCCUAUCCUUCUUGAGGAUUACCAUCUCGUGGAGAAGCUAGCCAAUUUCGACAGGGAGCGUAUUCCAGAGCGUGUGGUUCAUGCCAGGGGAGCCAGUGCAAAGGGGUUCUUUGAGGUCACUCAUGAUAUUUCUAACCUCACUUGUGCCGACUUUCUCAGAGCUCCUGGUGUUCAGACUCCUGUCAUUGUUCGUUUCUCCACCGUUAUCCACGAGCGUGGAAGUCCCGAGACAUUAAGAGACCCUCGUGGUUUUGCUGUCAAGUUCUACACCAGAGAGGGAAACUUUGAUCUCGUUGGAAACAACUUCCCAGUCUUCUUCAUCCGCGAUGGAAUGAAGUUCCCUGACAUGGUCCACGCCCUUAAGCCAAACCCGAAAUCUCACAUCCAGGAGAAUUGGAGAGUCCUCGACUUCUUCUCCCACCACCCUGAAAGCUUGAACAUGUUCACUUUCCUCUUUGAUGAUAUCGGUAUCCCACAAGAUUACAGGCACAUGGACGGUUCAGGUGUCAACACUUACAUGUUGAUCAACAAAGCUGGCAAAGCUCACUACGUGAAAUUCCACUGGAAGCCAACUUGUGGAGUCAAGUCUCUGUUGGAAGAAGAUGCAAUCCGCGUUGGAGGAACCAACCACAGUCACGCGACACAGGACUUGUAUGACUCGAUUGCCGCUGGUAACUACCCUGAAUGGAAGCUCUUUAUCCAAAUAAUUGAUCCAGCUGAUGAAGACAAGUUCGACUUUGACCCGCUUGAUGUCACCAAGACAUGGCCUGAGGACAUCUUGCCUCUCCAACCCGUUGGGCGUAUGGUGUUGAACAAGAACAUUGACAACUUCUUUGCAGAGAAUGAGCAACUUGCCUUCUGCCCUGCAAUCAUUGUUCCAGGGAUACACUACUCAGACGACAAGCUGCUUCAAACCCGUGUCUUCUCCUACGCCGACACACAGAGACAUCGUCUUGGACCAAACUACCUUCAGCUACCAGUGAACGCCCCGAAAUGUGCUCACCACAACAACCACCAUGACGGCUUCAUGAAUUUCAUGCACAGGGACGAGGAGGUCAACUACUUCCCAUCGAGGUAUGACCCUGUUCGUCAUGCUGAAAAGUAUCCAACUCCACCUGCAGUCUGCUCUGGUAAACGUGAGAGGGUAAGUAAUCAAAUCAAGCCUAUAUUCUUCUCUGUUUCAGUUUCAUAUGGAUCUGAGAGUUUGAAAUUUGUUUUGCAGUGCAUUAUUGAGAAAGAGAACAACUUCAAGGAGCCUGGAGAGAGAUACCGUUCCUUUGCACCAGAGAGGCAAGAACGAUUCAUCCGUAGAUGGAUUGAAGCCCUAUCCGAUCCUCGCAUCACACAUGAAAUCCGCAGCAUCUGGAUCUCUUACUGGUCUCAGGCUGAUAAGUCGCUGGGACAGAAGCUGGCGAGCCGUCUGAACGUGAGACCAAGCAUCUAAAAUGAGUGUUGCUUAGUGAAAGAUUCUUGAUUGGUCGUUGUGUGGUUCUAAUUACCAGAGAAGAUGGAAUGGGAAGAGAUCAGAUUUGCCAUAGUAUAAUCUUCAUCGUGUGGAUCUUAUGUGCUAUGUUGUAAUAUUAUCUGUUUCCGUGUUGUGACCUUAGUUUUGUCUCAUGUUUGUCAGAACAAUACAUUAAAGAUUUUAUAAUAAUAAUGGGUGUUAUGUCUUA